UCUUAACCUACUGCAGGUAACCUAUAGCCGGGCUUCGGCACUGAAGCGUGUAGUUGUGUUGAAGGGUUUUCCUCAUUUUAUAAGGAAAUAACUUGUGACAGAAGAACAGAAGCACUCUUAAAGCACACCCACUGAAAGCCGUGGACCAAGAGUAUUCGUUAUCGGAGCUUCUAAAGCCAUCCAACUACAAUGGAUUCCAGAGCAAACACUUUGCCUCGGCCAAUGACUCAGUCUGAACGGAUCAGAAUAAUCGUCAUAGACAAUCUUAUUAUAAUAUUUCUUGUCGUCGCCGUAAUAAUCGGAGUAGGACUUGGAAUCGGACUGAGGGAUGUCUGGAAAGUACCAGACGACAAGGACAAGCUGUUCUUCCUCGAGUUCCCCGGACAGAUUCUAAUGAGCAUGCUCAAAUGUCUCAUACUUCCGCUCGUCGUAUCCAGCAUCAUCUCCGCCGUUUCGUCCAUUCCCGGAAAGGCGUCGGGUAAACUCGGAGCAGGGGCCAUCAUCUACUACAUGACCACGACACUGAUCGCCGUCAUCAUCGGAAUCGUCUUGGUCAUGUCUAUCCAGCCUGGCUACAAAGGCGGGAAAUCCAUCAAGAAAUCCGGGUCAGCCAAAGACGUGAAACCUCUUUAUGCUCUUCUUGAUCUAAUCAGAAACUGUUUUCCAUCAAACAUUGUAGCAGCAUGCUUUGAAAAGAUGGAGACCGACCCACGAACUGUUAACUUGACGACUAUAAACGACACUGUAGCGGUGUAUAGAGACAACCCAAAGCUCGAAUUAAAAAGAGGAACCAACGUCCUCGGAUUAAUAGUCUUCUCCGUCGCUCUGGGCUGCGUCAUCAACCACCUGGGUGUCGUCGGAAGACCUCUACGAUUCUUCUUCGAGUCUCUCAAUGCAGCUACGAUGGUUCUCAUCAAACUCGUUAUUUGGUACUCUCCUAUUGGUAUCAUGUUUCUGAUCGCCAAGAAAUUCGCCGAGAUGGAAGACCCGGCACAGAUUGUCGAGCAGCUUGGUUUCUACAGCAUCACUGUGCUCGCCGGCCUACUAAUCCACGGCGGCAUCGUCCUGCCCCUCAUAUUCUUCAUCGCAACAAGGAAGAACCCCUACAUAUUUAUCUUCAGAAUGUUGAAGGCAAUCCUGACAGCCUGGGGAACGGCGUCGAGUUCUGCUACUCUUCCCAUCACAAUGGACUGCCUCAUAUACAAGAACAAAGUUCAUCGCAGCGUCGCACAAUUCGUAGCUCCGAUCGGUGCCACCAUCAACAUGGACGGGACGGCACUGUACGAGGCUGUCGCCGCUAUCUUCAUCGCCCAGUACAACGGCAAGGACCUCGGCGUAGCUGGCGUCAUCAUUGUUAGUAUAACCGCAACAGCCGCGGCCAUUGGAGCCGCAGGUGUGCCGCAAGCUGGUCUUGUUACCAUGGUGAUCGUGUUGACUGCAGUCGGCCUGCCAACUGAUGACGUCACCCUUAUUCUGGCAAUUGACUGGUUCUUGGACAGAUUCCGCACGGCCAUCAACGUGAUGGGUGACGCGAUUGGAGCAGGGAUCUUGAACCACGUGUUCCGGAACACGUUUGCAGACGUUCCCGACGUCGAGACUGAGAUGGCAGUCGAUCCGGACAUGAUGAUCCAGAAGGACGAUGUCAAGAUGGCACCCGUUUCUGACUCGAAAGUCGCGCCUGUGGAAAAAAAUGGGGUGCAAUUGUCUGGCUAUAUUAAUCCAGAAUUUCAGGAUGGAACCCGGAUGUGAAACGUUUCCGAACCUGAUCCCCACAUGGCAGGAGCCAAUUUGACGAAACAUCGUACAGUUACGUCUGCGACCAGCAGUUAAACGAGUUAUACAUGUGUUUGGAAUCUAUUUCUAUUUAUUGACAAAAGAAAACAAGAUAUGUGUAUUUUAAACUAUACCCUUAAACAAAAGUAGGGGAACUCUAUUAAGAAUUUACAAUUGCCAAAAUUGUAAGCUAUAUUAGCCUGUGGGGAAUGGUUAUAUGAUAAUAGUGAAUUCAUUGGGCAAACAUUACAACCGGUAGUUCAGUAUUACAGUAGGUAUGACUAACAAAGAUCUUGAUGGACGAUUGGGGUGAAAAGUGAAAUUUGAAAGUUGACUUUUUUAAUCGGUAAAUCGCAAAUUCAAACAAUAAAAAUGACUAAAAAAACCCCAAUAACAACUAUAU